GAAUGUAGAAGUUCUAACCAUUGAAGAUUGUGAGGAGCUAACGCCUUUGUGGUCAAAUGAUGUGGGAUUACUACAACCCCUCCCCUGUCUUCGUGAUAUGAAUGUUCACAAUUGUCAAAAACUAGUAUCUUUGGUGGCAGAAGAAGUGAAAGAGCAGCCACAACAGGGUAUGUCAUCCACACGCAAUGGCAUGGAAUCUUUACCCAAGGCAGUGGUGUACAACAACACGUGUCUUGAGCAUAUUUUUAUUUAUGGAUGUGAUUUGCUGACGCACAUAGCAGUAGGACGGCUACCUCCAACUCUAGAGAAGCUAACAGUAUAUAAUUGCAAGAAUAUGCAGAUUUUGCUGGACGGGGAUGAUACUAUCAAUUGUAAUAGUAGCAAUUCUCUUCUUGAGUACUUUGGUAUUUGUAAUUGUUCAUCCCUCAAAUCCUUAACAUCCAGCGGAGAAUUACCUGCAACACUUACAAGCCUUGAAAUGUGGGAUUGUAAAAUGCUAGAGUCAGUGGCGAAAAGCUUCCCUUUCAACUCGUCUUUGGAAACAAUUAAUAUUCAGCGGUGUGAAAACCUUAAAUCCUUACCCACGGGCAUACACAACCUUAGCCAUCUACAUCAUAUUUCUAUUUACAGUUGCUCAACUCUUGUUUCCUUCCCGGACGGUGGGUUACUCCCUCGCAACCUUAGAGAGCUGUGGGUUCUCGAUUGUGAGAAAAUGCAAGCCCUACCCAACCGCAUACACAACAUCACAUCUCUUCAAGAAUUGAGUAUAAGGAAAUGUCCAGGCAUUGUAUCCUUUCCAAAAGAAGGUUUUCCCACCAACCUAACAUCACUUACAAUCAGAGAUUGCAACAUCAUUGAGUCGUUGCUUGAGUGGGGAUUGCACAAGCUUACCUCUCCUCAACGUCUUGAGAUUGAUGGUGGAUGUCCGCAUCUGGUAUCCUUUCCAGAGAUGAUGUUGCCUGCCUCUCUAACCUGCCUCUACAUCAGAAACUUUCAUAAUUUGAAAUACUUAUCUUCCAAAGGCUUUCGAUACCUCUCCUCUUUUAAAACUCUGAAAAUUGGUUGGUGCGAAAAGCUGAUGUCCUUUCCAGAUGACGGUCUGCCUCCCUCACUCUUGGAUCUUCGCAUCGUUUGCUGUGAAAAGCUCACAUCCUUUACAGAGGAUGGUCUGCCUCCCUCACUCCAGCAACUUCAUAUUGCAAACUAUCCUCUGCUAAAAGAACGCUGCAAGAAAGAUCAAGGACGAGCAUGGAUCAAGAUAGCCCACAUCCAUUGCGUUAAAAUUGAUGGCAAGUUCAUCUAUGACCCAGAACCAGCAGAGGAGAAUCAGCCCAUGGAUCAAAUCUCCCUAGAGUUUGUGUUUGGUCUUCAGUAAGACAACUCUUUUGGUUGUGGCUCUUCUUUGAUUUCCAAUGCAUUCUGGCUCUCCAUCCCAGAAUGGGAGGCUCCUUUGACUGUCUUUUGAAUGUUGCUGUUGGAAAACCCUCUUGCUGCUGUUAUGUUGGUAUGGUGAACGUGCGACUAUUCUUGGUGGAGUUAACGGCAUCACAAGUGUUUGUUAAAAUACUCAAACGACCAAGCAAAGAGAGAAGGCUUUUGACCAUUGAGUUUUUCAUCACUAAUUGUCAUGUUACUGAUCAUUACAGAUUUGCGAAUCAUUACAAAAAGGUGUUAAAUUCAGAUUGUAAGAGGUGUGGACUUGAAGCUAAUAUAUCUUAUCCAGGGUGGCCAAAUUUCUUCUAAAGCUGCGGAGAGCAUCAAGACAACUUAAACAUUUUUAUAAAAAGUUUCAAAUCAAGAAAUUCCGAAUGAAGAAUGGGUACAAUACUCAAAACGAUUUUCCCAAUAUCAUAGAAAUUCUGGAGGGAUUUGAUGUGCAGAGAACAUUAAUGGCUUUUUCCAUUGAAUUUUUCAAGAGGUGCCUAGACCAGGAUAAAAUGACAGCCAGCGAUGCAUUUGCAAUUCAGCUCAUGCAGGUAUGAAUGUUUUUGUGGGAAGUAAAAUGAAAGUCUAUUGGUCAUUUGAGUCAAUCCAUGUUGACGAAGAAAUGUCUGUUUACUUUAUACAACAUUAUUUCAAUAUCUCCUGUUCGUAAUGAAUUCAAUGACACAAAUCGAAUGAUUUUCUCACUGCACAUUCUAUUGCAUUUGUGCUUUUAUAGAAAGAUAUUGGCUGCACAAAAAUUGUGCACUUGGGAACUGCACAUUCAAUUGCAUUUGUGCUUUUAUAGAAACAUAUUGGCUGCAGAAAAAUUGUGCACUUGGGACUUAGAGACGUGAAAAUUGCCCUUAAAUUCUAUUUCUGGAUGUGUUCUUGUCCUUCAUGUAUUGGAACCUUAAGUUUUUAGCUAUGAAAGAACCAUUGGAAAAUGUAAAUGUGGUUUUAUACCAUUUUUAGAACUAGGUUACCCGAGUAUAUAUAUUUCAAUAUAUGACUUUAAUUUUAAAUGAAGAACUAGAUUUUUUAGUCACAAUCAGGUGAAUAAUUUUGUAUAUAUCCCUAAAUUUUGAAUGCAGGUCCCACAUAUUAUAGAGAAGGUUGUCAUUAUGUACCGGCACUUCUAUCUCUUGCCCAUUCCUACUCUCUUCUUAAGAAAGACACAAGUGCACGAGAGGAGAUGCCAAGGAGGCAGACUAAAGAUGUGAUGGUUCAAUUGCUAGUGGGAAUAUUGUGGCGUGACUUGUUUUCAAAGCAAGUCAGUGGCGGAUUAGAACUAUUUUAAGUCCUUAUUCAUCUUAUUGUGGACGAAUUUGUAUUCCUAUUUUUCAACCGCCUUUUUUACUCCUAUUUUUAGUCCUUAUUAUGGACUUUCAUAUCAUGCAAUGUAAAUGAGAGUAGCAGUAUAUGUAAUAUAGAAAGAGGUUUUGAUGUAAAACAUUGUUUUGUAUAUUAGUCUUGACUUGGAUUUAUUUCACAUUCUUAAAUGAAAUGGUCGGAAAAGACAUGUUCCUAAGCCAA